GAAGCCGAGGGGGAGCGGCGGGGAGCGCGCGGGACGCGGCCCGAGGCCGGGCGCGAGCCGGGGCACCGGGCGGCGGCGGCGGCGCGCGCCAUGUCGUUCAGUGAAAUGAACCGCAGGACGCUGGCGUUCCGAGGAGGCGGGUUGGUCACCGCCAGUGGCGGCGGCGGCGGCGGCGGCAGCUCCACGAACAAUAACGCUGGCGGGGAGGCCUCGGCUUGGCCUCAGCAGCCCCAGCCAAGACAGCCCCAGCCGCUAGCGCCUCAGCAGCUCAAUGGGCGGGGGGCCGACGAGGAAGUGGAAUUGGAGGGCCUGGAGCCCCAAGACCUGGAGGCCUCCGCUGGGGCGGCCGCCGCCGCCGAGGAAACCAAGGAGUUGCUGCUCCCCCAAGACGCGGGCGGCCCCACCUCGCUGGGCGGCGGUGGCGCGGGGGGCCCCCUGCUAGCGGAAAGGAACCGUCGGACUCUGGCCUUCCGAGGAGGCGGCGGCGGCGGGGGUCUCGGCAACAAUGGCAGUAGCCGCGGCCGCCCCGAGACCUCGGCGUGGCCCCUGAGGCAUUUCAAUGGGCGAGGGCCAGCGGCUGUGGAUCUGGAGCUGGACGCGCUGGAGGGGAAGGAGUUGAUGCAGGACGGCGCGUCCCUGAGCGACAGCACCGAGGACGAGGAGGAGGGGGCGAGCCUGGGCGACGGCAGCGGGGCGGAAGGCGGCAGCUGCAGCAGCAGCAGGCGGUCGGGCGGCGAUGGCGGGGACGAAGUGGAGGGCAGCGGUGUGGGAGCUGGCGAAGGAGAGACUGUCCAGCACUUCCCGCUCGCGCGGCCCAAGUCCCUAAUGCAGAAGCUACAGUGCUCCUUCCAGACCUCUUGGCUCAAAGAUUUUCCCUGGCUGCGGUAUUCCAAGGAUACUGGCCUUAUGUCCUGCGGCUGGUGCCAAAAGACCCCAGAGGACGGGGGAAGCGGGGACCUUCCUCAAGUGGGGCACGAUGAGCUUUCGCGAGGGACCCGAAACUACAAGAAAACCCUUCUUCUGAGACACCACGUCUCUAAUGAGCACAAACUCCACGAAGCCAACGCCCAGGAGACAGAAAUACCAUCAGAGGAGGGGUACUGUGACUUUAAUAGUAGGCCAAAUGAGAACUCUUACUGCUAUCAACUUCUUCGACAACUAAAUGAACAAAGAAAGAAAGGUAUUCUUUGCGAUGUCAGCAUUGUGGUGAGCGGAAAAAUCUUUAAAGCUCAUAAGAACAUCCUGGUUGCAGGCAGCCGUUUCUUUAAGACUUUAUAUUGCUUUUCAAACAAAGAAAGCCCUAACCAAAACAAUACUACCCAUUUAGAUAUUGCUGCAGUUCAAGGUUUUUCAGUCAUCUUGGACUUCUUGUAUUCUGGUAACCUGGUGCUCACAAGCCAAAAUGCCAUUGAAGUGAUGACAGUGGCCAGCUAUCUUCAAAUGAGUGAAGUUGUUCAAACUUGCCGAAAUUUCAUUAAAGAUGCCUUAAAUAUAAGCAUUAAAUCGGAAGCUCCAGAGUCUGUAGUUGUGGACUAUAAUAACAGAAAACCAGUUAAUAGAGAUGGUCUAUCUUCAUCACGGGAUCAAAAAAUUGCCAGUUUUUGGGCAACACGGAAUCUUACCAAUUUGGCAAGUAAUGUAAAAAUUGAAAAUGAUGGUUGUAAUGUCGACGAGGGCCAAAUAGAAAACUACCAAAUGAAUGACAGUAGUUGGGUCCAGGAUGGUUCACCAGAACUGGCUGAAAAUGAAUCUCAAGGUCAAACAAAAGUGUUUAUUUGGAAUAAUAUGGGCUCCCAGGGAAUUCAAGAGACUGGCAAAACAAGGAGGAAAAACCAAACUACAAAGAGAUUUAUUUAUAAUAUACCACCUAAUGAAACAAAUUUAGAAGAUUGUUCAGUGAUGCAGCCACCUGUUGCCUAUCCAGAAGAAGAUUUAUCAUUCAUCAAGGAAGAACCAGAUCUGGAUGGUGCUCUACUCUCAGGGCCAGAUUGUGAUAGGAAUGUGAAUACAAAUUUAUUGGCUGAAGCCGGCUCCAGCCAGGAUGGAGGUGAUGCUGGUACUUCACAUGAUUUCAAGUAUGGCCUGAUGCCUGGCCCUUCAAGUGAUUUCAAGUAUGGAUUGCUACCAGGUACUUCAAAUGAUUUCAAGUAUGGAUUGAUACCAGGUGCUUCAAACGAUUUCAAGUAUGGAUUAUUGCCUGAAUCUUGGCCAAAACAAGAAACUUGGGAAAAUGGUGAAUCAUCUCUAAUCAUGAACAAGUUAAAAUGCCCUCAUUGUAGCUAUGUAGCCAAAUACAGACGAACACUAAAAAGGCAUUUGCUCAUUCAUACGGGAGUCAGAUCAUUUAGCUGUGAUAUUUGUGGAAAACUGUUUACUCGCAGAGAACAUGUGAAAAGACAUUCCCUGGUGCAUAAAAAGGAUAAAAAAUACAAAUGUAUGGUGUGUAAGAAGAUCUUCAUGUUAGCAGCCAGUGUUGGAAUAAGACAUGGAUCUCGACGCUAUGGUGUUUGUGUAGACUGUGCAGAUAAAUCACAGCCAGGAGGGCAAGAAGGUGUAGAUCAGGGACAGGAUACAGAUUUCCCUCGGGAUGAAGAAUAUGAAGAGAAUGAAGUAGGAGAAGCUGAUGAAGAGCUGGUUGAUGAUGGAGAAGAUCAGAAUGAUCCAUCUCGAUGGGAUGAAUCAGGAGAUGUUUGUAUGUCUCUAGAUGAUUAACUGACCUAUACUCCUCAAGGAUGCUGCAUUUGGACAUAAUAUGAAUCGACAAUUUGAAUUGUUGAACUUGAAGGCUUGCAAAAUAUGGUACAUGCUGGAUGGUAGUUAUGUUGCUGUGAAAACUGUAGGGUCAAAAAGCCUUAUAGCAAAAAAAAAAAAAAUUUUUUUUUAUAUUUGCACAGGACUGUACAGCAAACAACCUUGUGGUUGGAUUACAUGGAGUCCCCACAUCUUCAGUCAGUUAUCAAAGUAAAAAUAUUUUUUAUUUAUAGGAUAUACAGUAACUACUUGGGUCCUACGAAUAUAUUGUACCUAUCCUUAAAGAGCUUACGUUCAUGUGCCACUUUAACAUGAAUGAAGAAAAUCCAUUUUUAAGACUACAGUGACAGCUGACCCAAUUACUCUGUCCAUCAAACCACUCAGGCUAGUUUGUACUAGUAGAGUUUUGUUUCUAUUUUUAUUUUUAUUAAUUUUAUUUUUUUUAAUACAGAUUUUCAGUGAGGGGCCUUUUUAACCCCAUUGGUUCUACUUUUCUGUAUUUUUCCAUUUUAAUUUGCUUCAUAACUUAAACCAAUUCUCUUCUAGUCUUAGAUAUUAUUUCUCAAUUUUGUGCUGAUGGGCAUGUUUAUAAGAACUGGAGAGGUAAUUUAUUGGAAUGAACUGACUUCCUCCAUUCCCCCUUUCCUUUUUGACAUGAAUUUUACUACUUCACAAAUGAAGAAAUGAUGUUGCAAAGUUAAUGUGGCGAAGUUGACAAAUACCACUAAAAUGAUUAUGAUUUAGAAGUAACUUUUUCCUGCUGCUCUAAUCUGAUAAAUGGUUAUUACAUGACGUUUUCUGACAUGGUAUUCGGUUUUGGGUAUCUGUUACUUUGGCACUAUUCUUGUUUGCCUCUUUAUUUUUGCCAGUGUACUAUACCUCAGUCCUAUUUGAAAAGACAGAAAUCUAAUCAAAAGAAAAGUCAUAGAAACAAUUAAGUAAAAUGAUUUGUUUCCUAAUUUGACCUCCGUGUCCAGUUUGGUUAGCUUCUUAUGCGAUAUAAGUGAAAUCAGGUUUUUACUCCUGUGCCCUUUUUAUCAUUAAAAAAAAAACCACAAAAA